AAUGCAGGCAUUUUACAAUAAUGUAAUUCAGGUAGUUACUCUUUUGAAAUGAUGUGUUUCUAGAAAGUCUUAGGAGGGAGGAGGGGUGUUUUGGUCAAUGAAAAAGAAAACAGAAGGCAAAAGGCAGCGGAGAAGCGCUCGUUUACAUAAUUUCGAAAUCUCAAUUUCCCCCCGCCUGCCUGCUUUGUGUUAAAAAAGUCGCGACGACGAACAAAGGGAAAGCUCUGAGGAGAACGAAAGAGAGAUGGAGAAAAUGUCAUGGAUUGUGUCUUCUCAGGAUGUGGAAUCCCUCGCUCUCCAAUCGUAUAGCCGCAAGGAGAAAUCUCUAGGCGUUCUCGUCUCCAAUUUCAUGAGGCUAUAUAACAGAGACGAUGUUGAUUUGUUUGGGAUCGAUGAGGCCGCUGCCAAAUUAGGAGUGGAACGUCGGCGUAUAUAUGAUGUGGUCAAUAUACUGGAGAGCAUUGGGGUUGUGGCUAGAAAAGGGAAGAGUCUUUACUCUUGGAAUGGUUUUGUUCACAUUCCUCGCUCCCUUCUUCAACUCAAGGAAGAAGGUUUGAGAGAGGGUUUUGGUCUCUCAACUAUCUGCAGCAACUCCCACAAGGUUUCACAUGAUGGUAGUGAUGAAAGUGAUGAUUCCCUUAGUUUACCACCUCAUGAUCAACACAAAUCCUCCUCGCUCUCUACAAUGGACCACAAGAAGGAGAGAUCUCUCUGGCUACUCUCCCAGAACUUUGUUAAGAUGUUUCUUUGCUCUCAUGAUGAGAUCAUCACACUGGAUACUGCUGCCAAAGCCUUGCUGAACGACUCUCAAGAUUCAGUGCAAAUGAAAACUAAAGUUAGACGGCUUUACGACAUUGCAAAUGUGCUUUCCUCCAUGGAGUUAAUCGAGAAGACUCAUAUACCAGGGACUAGGAAACCAGCUUAUAAGUGGUUGGGGUCCAAAAGCUUAAUCGAAAAAGGAUCAACCUUGUUUAAUUCCACCGAUGAAUCCAAGAAGCGGGUAUUUGGAACUGAGAUCACCAACUUGAGUACAAAGAGAAACAAAACAGAUUGUUCAUCAAACUACGUACUACAAACCGGAUAUAAGAAACAUGACGAGGAAACAAAACCAGCUGCAAAGAGCUGCUAUAUGUUUGGCCCCUUCUCACCAACAGCUGCAUCUAAGAAGAAGAAGAACAACAAUGUUGGAACCAUUUAUAACGGAAGGUUACAAGAUCUCGAGGCCCUUUCUUCUACCUACAAACCUCAGUAUUCCAAUCAAGAUGUGACAGGUCUUCUUGGGCAUUACACGGGGUCAUGGAACAAAUGGUUUGCCGAGCUUGAUCGCAAAUAAAACAUUACGCUCCCCCGAAAGGUAGAUUGUUUUCACUGGGUACAUGAUGAGAGCACAUAAACUCACAAAACAUCAUAGUUUUCUAGGCUUCCUUAAUCAAGAAUCAAAGUAUUGUUGUUAUUUGUUAAUAACAGUUGCACCCAACAAAAAAAUCCAUGUAAUCUUUUUGUCCCAGUGACUUUGUCUAGUGGACUAGCUCCUUUCAUCCAUCUGGAUUCGAAUUCGUACUCUCCUGAACUUACUAUAAGUGUUUAUUCCUAUCUUUGGUUUGGCAUCAUUAGAUUUUUUCAGGUUCUACAAAGCAUUUUUUUUUUGUUUCUUAACAUCUAAUAUGUAUGUGUAAGUUUUUCUUUGGCCUUCUGUCACAAGUAAAAACUAUGCAAAGGAUCGUCUAAUGAUAGUACA